UGUAAUGUAUCAUGGAUCCCCACAAUACACAUGCAUUUAGAUUUUUGUUAUUUUUAGUGGGCGUUAUCUCAAAUUUAACCUGUGCGCAUGAUGAGACGUGACAAUAACAUCUAAUGGAUACAAUUCAGACAAAUUCCCAGGAAUCCACACCAGACCCCAGUAGAAUCUUGUAUUUUGCCGUAUCUAUAAUCUUGAAUGAAGAUAACUGAUUGUUUUAGCCUAACUAGUAAUUUAAUAGAGAUAAAAGCAAUCAAAUAUUUAUUUUAUUUUAUUUCAUGACCUAGAAUUCACAUGACCAGUACUUUAAUCUUUAUUAUGGGGUAUAAAACCUAGCUACACUCGGUAUAUAGUACGUAUUAUUCAUUAUCACUUGACCACCAAAUGAAUCAUAUAUUCAACUUGCGUAUAAUGGUAGUACGUUAUAAACUGCAAUCGAUGUAUUCGCCAGCUGUAAAAAAAGAUGCUUACACAAACAAAAAUAGACUACUAGUCUAGCCUCUACAAAUUACAAAAACGUUCAUUGUCUAACCGAGUGAGGAAGGUGCAUUAAUUAAAACCAAAGGAUUUUGAUUGAUCAUAGUCGACGUAUAUCUUUCAUUUUAAUUUUGCAUAUGUAAAUCAGUCAUCAAAUGUGCGCCACCAGAUCGCAUGUAUAAUCUAUGUAUAUCGACGUCUAAUCCUGACGUUUUUCAAGGACUAUAUGAUUGUUAUUUUUUGUUGGUAAAAUGUUAAGAUGAAUAUUUGAUUGAUCCACCUGCUGAAUCAACGACCAACAAAACUUGUACGAUUGAUCAUAUGCUAACUUCGUGUAAAAUGUCCAAAAGUGUUGUACUGUUGUACCAAACGCCUAAAGAAAAUAUUUAGUGAAAAUGGCGACAGUUGAUUUAUAUUUUUUUUUUAACCCAAUGCAUCAAUAAACAUUACAAUGACACAUAAAUAAAGAAGAAUUAAUGAAGUUAGGAUUCUUUAACUUUCAGAAAGUACACUUGAAGGUGAAGGCAUAACGAGUUAGGUUAAAGAAGAGCUUCAUCUUUCACUUCGACAGUAGCUUGUUGGUACUUGUUGGUGCUCAUAUUUAUGACUUGUCCCCUACUUACUUUAAACUUUCAUUUAACUAUUCAUACUAAAAAUUUCAUAUCGUGGGGUUGAUUAAAAAUACCUCUUAUUACAUACAAAUAGUGUGAAAAGAGGGAAAAAAUGAAAUAAUGAGGGUAACAAGAAAGAAGAAGGUGGUGUCUUCUUUCUCUUGAUAGAUUUGGAACAGUGACACAUUUCCUUUAACUCUCCAUUGAUAUCGACCGUCCCUAUUUUUUAACCAUCAACAUCUUCUCUCCCCAUCUAACUUAACUAUCAAGUGUAUCUCCAUCCACAAUUUUUUGGUAAAAUCUCCAUCUACAUUAUGUGUCUACUUAGUUACACAUAUUACACAUAGACACCAUCUUUUAAACUGUGGUCUCUCAGGUUCAACUCUCAAACUCUCUGUAUGUGCGGUAGUAUUGUGACUCUCCAAAAAAUCAUAAGGGUUUUUCUUGGAUUUAGGAUAUCGGUUGCGAUGGGUCUAUUCACUAUAACUUUUUAUCCAAAACAGUUCUUUAAAAAAAAAACGUUAUGCCUCUUUUUUAUCAAAAAAAAACUAUGCCUCUUCAACCUUAGUUUUUAAGGGAGAUUCCUUUUCCUUUCUCAGAUCUUCAAGCUUUCAAAUAAACUCUCUUUUUUUUCAGUUUUCCCUCUUUUCAUUUUAUUUUAUUUGACAUUUAAGAAUUUUUUUUUUUCAAAAUCAGUGAUGUUUUCAUUAUUCUAAACAACAUUUAAUAUAUUUUAAGUUUUGUAACCAAACAUAUAAUCCCAAUUUUAUUAAUCAGUUGAAUCAGUUUUAUUUAAUAAUAUAACCAAAUGAUAUAAAAGUUAGAUAUUCUUAAUCAAAGUGUAUUAACCUUAAACAUCAAAUAAAAUGAAAAAGGAAAAAAUAUCAAAAUUGUAUAAUUAUUUAAAACAUCUGCUCAAAAACAAAAAGCUAAUAAGUUAUUUAGACGACCAAAAAUUCAACAUCUAUUAUUAUUUCAAAUUACCUUUAAGACAUUUUAAACAAACAUUUUGACACACUCCAAAAUAUCGCAAACAAAAUCGUUUGCCAAUUGGGACAGCCUAAAAUGAGCUGGAUACGGCAACAGAAGACCAAAAUCUAAGUUAUCAAAAAAAAGUCCAAAAUCUUUUAUACACAAGAUAAGACAACAAAAGACUUAUGUUUCGUAAUUGCUGACGUGUCCAGAAUCAUCUCUAUCGUAUGCUUUUUUUUUUUUACGUGUCGAACUCAUCCUGGCAGCCUCAAGAUCACAACAUCUUCCGAAUGAGGUUGCCCAAUUUCACAGAUUUUCACCAAUUUCCUUUUUAUAUAUGUCGUAGUUGUUAUUGUGUAUAGUAGCAGCUAGCUAUUUGUUUGUUCAUCACAUUAUUAAUUAAUUUUACGUAUAUCAUCGUCAUUUCGAUCACGGGUUGCAUUGAUUUGACUGCAUAUAUAUUUCCUUUUCAACAGCUAGCACACAUUAUUAUUCAUUUAUACUACGUACUAUUGUUAAUCAUGUUGAUUAGUUUCUAAUAUCCAAAUCCUAUAAUGGCUAAACCAAUUAAAUGAGUUAUGCAGUUAUAGGCCUAAUUUGUUACGUUAUGAAGAUUAAAUUUCAUAAAAAUACAUAAUUCCAUUUGCUUAUAGAGGCCUUCUAUAAAUACACCAGCAUGGUCAAGUCGUUGAUUACCAGAUAAGUUUCGUAGUUAUCCAAUUUAACUUCCCUCUACACGACUAUAUAUAUAUAUAUAUACACACGUACAACUACAUAUAUUUCAAUCUGCAUCACCAUCGACGCCGUUGUAUUUGGGUUGUUUUCUUGUUGAUCGGAGGCAGCGUUGCUUUUUGUUUCUUAGGAGUUAUCUCGGGAAGAUGAAGGAAAACGCAGGAAACCCUCUCCAUCUCACGUCACUGAACCAUGUGUCUCUCUUGUGCCGAUCCAUCGAAGAAUCUAUGAACUUUUACCAAAAGGUGUUAGGGUUCUUCCCUAUUCGAAGACCUGAAUCUUUAAAUUUUGAAGGCGCUUGGUUAUUUGGACAUGGAAUUGGAAUACACCUCUUGCGUGCCCUAGAACUUGAGAAACUUCCAAAGAAAAAUGAAAUUAACCCCAAAGAUAAUCAUAUCUCUUUCCAGUGCGAAAGUAUGGGAGCAGUGGAGAAGAAGCUUGAUGAAAUGGAGAUAGACUAUGUGAGGUCUAAAGUGGAAGAAGGAGGGAUCCAAGUGGACCAGCUCUUCUUCCACGACCCUGAUGGUUUCAUGAUCGAGAUCUGCAACUGUGACAGCCUCCCCAUUGUCCCCCUCGUAGGAGGCAUGGUUCGGUCUUGCUCAAGAGUCAAACUCCAUCAGAUGGUGCAGCCACAACCCCAAACUCAGAUCAACCAAGUGGUCCAUCCGUAACGAUCUCUGUCUUUGUUGUCAUCGUGUGUGUAUGUAUUGUCUACUUGAUAUUGAAUGUAACGUGAAUCAGUGGAAUGUGAAAAGAGCAUAUAUUAAAGAAAAUAUCAUUUUAUCUUUA